AUGUGUCUCAAAGAUGAUGGUUUAGAUCCAUUUCACUAUGUCUCUGCACCUGGAAUGUUUAACAAUUCUCUAUACAAAAAUAGUGGGGUAAAACUUAAGCUCAUGACAGAUAUGGAUGAGUAUCUGAUAGUUGAAAAUGAGAUCCAUGGAGGAAUGACAAUAACAAGUUAUCGAUAUGCCAAAGCAAAUAAUCCACAAUGUCCAGACUAUGAGCCUAGCAAGCUGAAGUCCUGGGCCUUAUAUAAAGAUAUGAAUACCUUAUAUUUAGAUGCAAUGACCCAAUACAUGCUUACAGAAAUCCUAGAUAAGGUAAGUUUAGAAGAAGUACCUGACAUCCAAAGUAUUGCACCAGAUACAGAAAUAGGCUAUAUACUUGAAGUUGAUUUAGAAGCCCCAGUGCACUUGCAUAAUUACUUUGCAGAUUAUUCUUUAGUGCUAGAAAAGCAAAUAAUAUCAGAAAACUGGCUUAGUCUAUACAAUGAAAUAUUAGUGCAUGAUAAAAAUGUUGGAGAAGAGAAAUAUGUAUCUGGAGAAAAGCUAGUUCAGACUCUUUUUACUAAGAAGAAUUAUAUAGUUCAUUACCGAGCUCUCCAGACAUAUAUGAAUGAAGAUUACAAAGAUUCAUAG